GAUUGUUAAUUUGGCAAAGCUUUUUGCAUGGUUAAUUGUGAAUGGAGGAUUGUCUGUUAUAAUUUUAAAGACUGUCACUUUUACUAAAUUGCAAUCUCAAAGUCGGUUAUUUUUCCAACUCCUUUUUUCACACAUUAUUUUAACUCAAAAUGCGAGCAAACGUAAUCCACAAUUACUCGUCAAAAUUUUCAUAAAUGUGGUGCAUAAUCCAACAUUGGCGCAAGGAAUAAUGUUCUUUUUACACCAUUUUGUUAAAACAGGAGAUAUUUUAGAAGAAGAAGAGAAAGAAAUAGUUGAGUGGGGAUGUGAUGUCACUAAAAAAGCGAUACAGAGAAGCUUAAGUGCUGAAAAGAUUUUGUAA